CCAACACAAUCAAAUGUUUCAUAUCCAAACCAAAAUAUUUCUAGUUCCUAAUUAAAUCAAACACACACAUACUUGUUUAUUCAAUUGUUUGUUGAGAACAAUGAUGAGGGGUGAGGAAUACGAGCGUGUGCUAAGGUACUUUGAUGAAGACGGUGAUGGGAAGAUUUCACCCUCGGAGCUAAGGAACAGAAUAUCAAUGAUGGGUGGAGAGGUUAUGUUGAAAGAGGCUGAGAUGGCGAUCGAGGCGUUGGAUUCGGACUGCGACGGGUUGUUGUGUUUGGAGGAUUUGAUGAAGCUGAUGGAGGCUGCGGGAGAGGAAGAGAAGUUGAAGGAUUUGAGAGAAGCCUUUAAUAUGUAUGAUAUGGAGAGGUGUGGGUUUAUUACCCCAAAGGCCUUGAAGAGGAUGCUCAAGAAGUUGGGAGAAUCUAAGUCCAUGGAUGAGUGCAAAGUGAUGAUAAGUAGGUUUGAUUUGAAUGGGGAUGGCAUGCUUAGCUUUGAAGAGUUCAGAAUUAUGAUGAAGUAAUUAUGAUGAUCAUGAUAAUGCUACAUGCACAUUGAUUCUAGCACUAACUAAACAUAACUUGUUUGCUGUCUCUUUCCAAGUUGUUCUUGUGCUUUUCUUUUAAAACUAAGUCGUUUUGAGAGUUGUGUUAACAUUUAAUUAUGAAAAUAUUAACACAAUUUUCAAAACGACGUAGUUUUGAAGGAAUAAUACGAGAACAGCUUGAAAACGAAUAACAGAGAAGUUAAUUUUCUUCACGUGUCUAUAUAGUUUGGUUAAUUUGAUGAGUUUCAAUUUGAUUGAUGAUUUGUUUGUAUGUACAUUUUGCCUAAUUUGGUAUAAAUCAUGGAUUUGUAAACAGCUUUUGAUUAUUAGAAAUUUGGUUAAAAGGAAGACAUCAUUUUUUUUA